AUGCAUAUCUCUGGAAAAAAGGCAAGGGCACGACGAUCGCUUAUUAUGAAAGAAAACCGUUCAAAACGUCAAAGACAUAAUUGCAACCAACCUGAAUCAAUCAAUGAUACGUUUUAUUCUCCUAAUUGUUUCACAUCGAGACAACCUUUGUCUGAAAUCACUCUCUCGGCUCAGAAUCAAAAGACUAUCGCACAGAUUGUCGAAGAGGGGAUUAUGCUGAGUGCGCAUAUGCAGAAUUCUGAACCGAGUAUAACCAGACAUGUGUUUCGAAAUAACAUUAAGUCAUCCCAUUUAGAUUCAUUGGGAACAAAUUUAAUGUCUAAGUUUUCUACUCAUUGUACAAAUGAGAAUGGUGUACCAACUACAAUUGAGAAUGCCCAACCUGGGGUGAUUUCUUCAACCAACCAAUUCUAUGAUCCUGGAAGUUCUUCCAAGAAUCCCAUAAAUACCGAAAAGAAAAAACCAGUUCGUGGCAGGCCUAAGAAGCAGCUGGGAGUACCAAGCCUUGCCAUGAAUUUGAAUAGUAAUCCCCCUAAUGAAGCUGUCAACAUAUCUGUGGCACAACAGCCAACGAGUGUUAGCAGUAGAAAAAACAACCGCCGUUAUCAAAUGCCAAUGAACAAGACACAUAAUGUAUUUGAUCAAGCAUCACCUGUGUCACCCCCCAAAGGCAUAAAAGAGCCAGCGUGUCCUGUUUUUACCCCUGCAGUCAACUUGGAUUUUAACAGCGACUCGGACGAAGAUGGCGAUUACGACCCUUUUGCAACUUAUUUAUCCGAUGAGGACUUCUGUUCCGAACUUGAAGAUAACAACGCACCUUUUAUAAUUCACGACAACUACACCCGUUCUUCAGAAGCUUAUUACGACAUAGGGGACCCGCUCAUCGAAUGUCGUUAUUGUAAAUCCAUGAUGUGGUAUCAAGAACGGAUGAAUAAAAGUUCCCAUUCUGCUAAUCCGAAGUUUAUGCUGUGUUGUUGCAAUGGGAAAAUUGAAAUACCACUACUAAGACAACCUCCAGAAGUUCUUGCAAAAUUGAUGUUUGACCAAGAGAACGUAGUUAGCAAAAAGUUUCAACAACAUAUUAGAGUUUACAAUAUGAUGUUCGCGUUUACAUCGCCUGGUGCAAAGUUGGACAAUCGUUUUAACAAUGGAGGUGGACCACCAACUUUAAGGAUACAAGGUCAAACAUGCCAUCGAAUUGGAAGUUUGUUACCUUCUCAAGGAGACACACCCAAGUUUGCUCAAUUAUAUAUUUAUGACAUAGAAAAUGAGGUCCAACAUCGAAUGAAUUGUCUAAGGACUACCAAGAACAUUGAUCCAGAAGUUGUACAACAACUAUCUACAAUGAUGUAUGAACACAAUACACAUGCCAAGAGCUUUAAAAUGGCGAAACAAUGGUUCAAUCAAGCGGAUACUCAAAACCUAAAGUUGAGACUCAUAGCUGACAGAUCCACGGAUGGAAGAGUGUAUAACCAACCGAAAGUGUCUGAAGUUGCUGCCUUAGUUGUCGGUGAUAUUGACACAGCAGAAAUGAGGGAUAUAAUUAUGCAAUACCAGGGAGGCGGACUUAAGCGGAUCAACGAGCUCCAUGCAAGUUACAUGGCCUUCCAAUAUCCUUUGAUUUUUCCCUAUGGUGAGGACGGUUAUAGACCAAAUAUUGCCCAUAGAGACUUGCCAAUUUAUCAGAAUAGCUUAGGAAAUAGGCUUACAAUAAGAGAAUGGCUAUCAUUUCGCAUUCAAACAAGGUUAGCUGAACCUAAGACUUUGUUAUCUUCAAGAAGGUUGUUCCAACAAUUUCUUGUCGAUGGUUACACGAUGUUAGAAUCUGAAAAAUUAGAAUGGAUUCGCAAGAAUCAACCGAAACUUAGGGUGUCCAAGUAUAAUUCUCUUAAUGACGAGGGUGAACAAAGUCAAAUUGCAGGUUCAAGCAUCGGUAAAAGAGUGGUUUUGCCUUCGUCCUUUGUUGGCGAUCGUAGGUUUAUGGAUCAACUGUACUAUGAUGGCAUGGCUAUUUGUAGUAAGAUUGGUUUUUCGGAUUUGUUCAUAACUUUCACUUGCAAUCCUAAUUGGCCGGAAAUUCAUAGAGUUCUUGGACCACUGCAUUUGAAACCACAAGAUCGCCCGGAUAUCGUUUCAAGAAUAUUCAAAAUCAAGUUUGAUCAAUUGCUAGCAGAUUUGACAAAAAAUGGUGUAUUAGGCAAAGUACUCGCAUAUAUGUACACCAUCGAGUUUCAAAAGAGAGGAUUGCCACAUGCACAUAUACUACUCUUUCUGCAUCCGUCGAACAAGUAUCCACGACCAGAGGACAUUGACAGGAUCAUUAGUGCAGAAGUUCCUGAUCCCUUGCAACAGCCCAGGCUGUACAAUUUGGUUAAGUCUCAUAUGGUUCAUGGUCCCUGUGGCUUGGCAAAUAAGAGGUCCAUUUGCAUGAAAGAUGGGAAGUGCUCCAAAUAUUACCCAAAAAAAUUUCAACCGAACACUAUAGUUGACCAUGAUGGGUAUCCAGUUUAUAGGAGAAGAAACAAUGGAAACACAAUUGAAAAACAUGGGAUCAUAUUUCAUAGUGGACAUGUUGUACCGCACAACCCAAGUUUGUUGUUAAAGUACGAAGCACACAUCAACAUGGAAUGGUGCAAUCAAAGUACUUCUAUCAAGUACCUUUUCAAAUACAUCAACAAAGGUUCAGACAGAAUUUUUGCUGUUAUACAAGGCCAAUCCAAGGAUGCAACUUCGGGGAAAAACAAUGUUGACGAAAUUAAACAAUAUUUGGAUUGUCGAUACAUCUCCCCAAGUGAGGCAUGUUGGAGGAUAUUUGCAUAUUCCAUACACGGAAGAAAACCAGCAGUAGAGAGGAUGUAUUUUCACUUGGAGGGAGAACACUCUGUUUACUACAGAGAUCACGAGCAAGUUGGUGAUGUUCUACUCAAACCAAGUGUUACCGAAUCAAUGUUUACAGCUUGGUUUGAGGCAAACAAUAGUUUUGAAGAGGCAAGGCUUUUAACUUAUGGUGACUUUGUUUCUAAAUUUGUUUAUCAUAAACGGAGUAGGAGUUGGAAGCCAAGGAAAAGAGGGUAUACCAUUGGUCGUCUUUGUUGGGUGCCUCAAUGCUCAGGUGAAUCGUUUUAUUUAAGAAUGAUGUUAACUGUUGUUAAGGGCCCUUUAUGUUAUAAUGACAUCAAGAAAGUUGAUGGUGUUCAACAUAAGACUUUUCGAAAGGCAUGUUUUGCUAUGGGUUUCCUUCAAGAUGAUCGAGAAUUUAUUGAGGCCAUCAAAGAGGCACAUGUUUGGGGUUCAGGUUUAUUCUUACGAAAGUUAUUUGUGAAUAUGCUUUUGUCCUCAUCCAUGAGUCGACCAGCACACGUCUGGAGAAAGUCUUGGAAGUAUUUAUCUGAUGGUAUUCUUUACGAACAACGGUUGGUGGCAAGAAAUCAAGAAUUGACACUUACCGACGAGGAAAUUCAACAACUGACUUUGAUGGCUAUUGAAACACUAUUACAAAAUAACAACAAAACAUUGAAAGACUAUAAGCCAAUGCCAUAUCCGAAGGAUUGUGUUGUUUCCUUCUCGGGUAAUAGGCUUAUUUAUGAUGAGCGUCAAUAUGAUCCUAUUGCUCAACAACAACUAUUUGUAAGGUUAUACGGUUCUCUAAUAGAUGAGCAAAGAAGCAUUUAUGAAGAGAUCAUGGAAGCUGUAGAGAAACAAAGAGGCGGCGUGUUCUUUUUAUAUGGAUACGGUGGGACCGGAAAGACUUUUAUGUGGAACACCUUAUCAGCGGCCCUUAGGUCUAAGAAAAAAAUUGUCUUGCCUGUUGCAUCAAGUGGAAUUGCAAGUUUGUUGUUACCAGGUGGAAGAACAGCUCAUUCUCGGUUUAAGAUUCCAGUCCCCACUUUAGAUUCUUCUAUUUGCAACAUUAACAAAAAAGAUGAUAUUGCUGGGCUUCUCAAAGUUACAGAUCUAAUAAUAUGGGAUGAGGCUCCUAUGGCUAACAAGUAUUGUUUUGAGGCACUUGACAAGUCAUUGAAAGAUAUUAUGAGUGGCACGACACAUGGUCAAGAUAAGAUAUUUGGAGGUAAGGUUGUUGUUUUUGGUGGUGACUUCAGGAAAAUUCUCCCCGUAGUACCAAGAGGUACUAGAUCUGACAUCAUUUAUGCAACAAUAAACUCUUCAUAUAUUUGGGAUCAUUGUAAAGUCCUAAAGCUCACAAAAAAACAAAUAGGUGAUGGGACAAUGUGCGAGCCCAAUGACGGUUAUGCUGAUAUUUGUAUUCCCGAUGAGUUUUUAAUUGCAGAUUUUUCAGAUCCUAUUAAAGCUAUAGUAGAGGAUACAUACCCUGAUCUUAUUCAUAAUUAUCUUGACUCCAACUAUCUUCAAAGUCGUGCAAUUUUAGCAUCAACAAUUGAGGUGGUGGAUGAUAUCAACCAAUAUAUCACAACUCUUAUUCCAGGGGAGGAGAAGGAAUUUUUUAGCAGUGAUUCUAUUGACAAAUCUGAUGCAAAUAACUUUGAUGGAUACGAGCAUGUCACACCCGAGUUUCUUAAUGCACUCAAAACAUCUGGAUUGCCAAAUCAUUCCAUCAAGUUGAAAGUUGGUGCGACUAUCAUGCUGAUGCGCAACCUAGACCAAUCUGAAGGCCUGUGCAAUGGGACACGACUAACAGUGACUAGGAUUGCUAACCAUGUCAUUGAAGCUAAAAUCAUUUCUGGUAAAAAUGUUGGUAACAUCAUUUAUAUUCCAAGAAUGUCUUUGUCUCCUUCCCAAUCACCAUGGCCAUUUAAAUUGGUGAGAAAACAAUUUCCAAUAAUUGUCUCAUUUGCAAUGACAAUAAACAAGUCUCAAGGACAAUCUCUUGACCAUGUUGGGUUAUAUUUACCUAAAGAAGUAUUUAGCCAUGGUCAAUUGUAUGUGGCUAUUUCUAGAGUUAAAUCAAAAAAUGGUCUUAGGAUUCUUAUUCACGACAAAGAUAAAGAAGCAUUGACAAUUACAACCAAUGUUGUGUUCAAGGAAGUAUUCCAGAACAUUAAUUAG